AUGCAUACUGACAGCCCCAAGACUUCCGGCGGCUACUAUAAGUUCUUGAACAUCCAAUACGGCGAGCCUCCUAUAGGCGACCUUCGAAUUACCAGGUCGAUCCCUCAUCAGACGAAGCGCUCUGUUAUCAACAUUGGCAGCUUGGAAUGUGUCUGCCCACAGUCCAAUCCUUUCUGGCUGGCGGUAGGCGGCCGGUGGCUAUCACACUACGAAAAUAGUACCACAUUCCCCUUUGAGCAAACCAGCGAGACAUUAUUGACGAGUAAAUACUCGGCGUUGGUUCUCCCCGAGCCCGAGGAUCCUAGGAUCUCAGAAGAUUGUCUCUACUUGGACGUGAUGGUGCCGCAGAAGAUUUUUGAUGGUGCUCCCAAUCCAACCCGCUCCAAGAACUCAAGCGGUGCGUCUCUUUUUGUCUGGAUCUAUGGAGGCGGAUACACUUCCGGCUCCAAAGAGGGUGUCGGAAAUCCAGCUGGUUUAAUCAAGGUGGCCGGUAUGGCUAAUGGUGAAGGCGUGGUUUAUGUGGCUAUGAAUUACCGCCUCGGCGCAUUUGGCGGGAUAUCUGGACCAAGUCUAUCAGCCAGCCAAAGCUUAGCGUUACAAUGGGUACAGGAAAACAUCCACCUUUUCGGCAGCGACCCGAACCGAGUCACAGUAAUGGGGGACUCGGCCGGCGCAGGCUCCGUCGUGUUCCAAAUAACAGCCUAUGGGGGCACCAAGGACCCGUACUGUUCUAACAAUCCAUAA